UUUUAUUGCUUUUACUUUUGAUGUUUAAAUUUUGGGGCACUUCCAGAAUUAUAUUAUUACUAUUUAGAAACAUUGAAAAAGCGUGAAGAACGAAUACUGACCAACAAAACGAGAAAAAACAUACAUCAAAGUAGUUUGUCUAUAAGUGUCAUGUUUAAAAUAUUAACUUUCAGCGCCUGGAGUGCGUGUUCUAUUUAGUUCAACCAUUGUGCAAGUCUGAACUGCGAAGAAUUUUGAUUAUUUUACUAAAAUAAACAGUCAACAUUGUUAAAAAACUAAAUGAAGCUAAAAAAAUGGGAGCGAAGCCACCCGAUCAAAUUAAUUUGCGUCGUCCGACGGUAAAAUGUGAUAUUUGCGGCAGCAAAUUCUUAAAUGUCACAGCUUUGAAAUCGCAUCAUAAAUUUUUACAUUUAAAGCCAGAAGGGAGGCGUUCUUUUAAAAAAGCUGUGGAAGCAAGUAAACUGAAGAAAAAGGUUGUUCCUGUGAGUAUGUUGAAGAGGGUCGCGCCUUCACAGACAGCAAAACAAGAGAACAAAAGUGAUGUGAAGGGAGGUACAACUUUGCCGGGAAAAAAGGCUAAUGAAAAGAGGGCGAAGUUUGAAUGUCCUGUCUGUGCUGCGAUAUUCGCCGUAUACUUCUCAGCCUUCAGGCACAUUCAGAAAAGUCAUUGCGUAGAUGUUAAUGGUGAAAAAGUCGCCCCUAAUUCACCGGACCUUAUAAAGCCAAUCCGCCAAGAGUAUUGCAUGACCUGCGACAGACAGAUCAGGUCCACAGACACCCACGUGUGUGCCAGGCCGCCGAUACCGCGAGACUUCUACAAGUGCUUGGGCUGUGACCAGCUCUUCUCCAGUCUGGUUCUGUUCCAGCAGCAUGUUAAAGGGUUACAUAAUGACGGAUUGCAGAACUACUUCUUUCCAAAUAAAGAGGAAUUCGCAUCAUGGAAGAAGGACCUAGAGGAACAAUCGGAGCUAAACUUCGUCCGCCUAAACAGCAUGAAAUCAAAAGACGUGUUCCAUUGUUCGUACCAGUCAAAAAAUCCAACCGCUGUCAGCCAUUUCUGCCCAUCAGUCAUCUUCGUAAGAGACUACAAGACUGGAAUCCACGUUUCAUACUUCAAAGAUCAUUGCGGACACGUAUUAAAGCCUGCGGACUUAGAGAAAUAUUCAAAGCACUCAAUACCUUCACAUAUAACAGACUCCGAAGACAUGCCAUUAGACGCAGAUGAUGAUAAACAAUUAUACACUGAGUUCAAGAAAAUGGUCACAAGUGUUGUGAAAGACGCAUCCAAAGUCGAUAUUUCAACGUUACAAGAUCUCCUCGGUAAAGCUCUGGAAAUGACUAUGAUAUUACAGAGUGUUGACCUUGAAGACCAUAAUUUACCUAUUGGUAACAAAAGUUUGACUGACGAACAAAUAUCUAGCAAUCUUGAGAGCUUGAAAAGUAAAAGGAAACACAGUCCGGCGCCGAAAGAUGCUAAGAAAGAAAUGAAGAGGGUCAAAAAAGACGGAGAAGAGAAAGCUGAAAAUGGGGUCUUUAAAGCUAGAAGUCCAGCCCUCAAUAAAGCUAAGAAAAAUGAUACAGAGAAAAAUGAAGAUGCCAAACCUAGAUCCCUAAUACAAUCCCCAACGUCAUUCAAUGAUUCGUACAAGAAUUUCGUUGAUCAGAACUUCAAGAAUCAGCCGGACUCAAGCACUCCGAAACCAAGGACCAAUGUUCGAAAAAAAGAAGUUGUCAAAACGAAAAUUGGACAGUUUAAAGUUAAACCUAGUUCUUUGUCUCCAAAGGAUUCGUCGUCGAAUGAGUCCCCGCCAAAAGAUGUCCCCGUCUCACCGAUCAGUUGGAAACUGAAGCCAGAUUUUAAAUAUGAAGUAAAGGAGCAAGAGAAUGACUGUAAUAUCUUGAUUUUGAAAAUUUGAAUAUAUUUGACGGACUGUUUUAUUAUAUUUGUGAUUUUUGGUAUUCAGUGAUGGUUUUGUUGGUCUGAGCUAAAUGGAAUUAAAGUCAGAACCACUUUAACAUAUAAUAUAGCAAUAAACUAUAUCAAUUUAAAUAAACAACAUUUAAUCGAUUUCAACAAAAAAGUAAAUGAUAAAUGAGAUUAUCAUAUCGCCUAGGUAGUGUAAAGUGGGUGCCAAUCUUAAUUGAAAGAUUUUUUUUUUAAUUCUUCUAUUGUAAUUAUUUUAUCAUAAAGUCAAAAUCAUAUAGUCUUUAAUUCUCAGAUGAAUCGGUGUACGAAUUCCAAGUCUUAAGAAUUAUGUUCUGCAAUAAUUUAAAUCUGCCAAAUCCAGUGUAACCUCAAAUUAAUUGCAAUCGUUUUAGCGCACUCAUUAAAAAUUACAAUAGGGUCUUCAACUAAAUCUUGUCAUAUGAAUCUGUGUAGUCCGUCAGUCAGAUUUCCCAAAAAAUAUUGAAUAAGUACGUUCUUUUUUAUUUUAUCACAUUAAAAAGAAAGAUAGAUGAAAACCACUUAACUUUGGAUUCGGGCUAUAAACGUCACUUGCUAGUAAAAAGCGUACUGGCAAGUGACGUCACACGAGUUAACAAAUCACUGAAUCCCCUAUAUUUUUUGUAUACGAGAUAAAAGAAAAAAAUACGUAUUCAAAAUCGUUUUAAAAUCUGUCUGACUGCCUUAGGUUUUAUUUGUCAAGCAAUAUUCAGAUCCUUAUUUAGGUUAUGACCAACAGUAUCACUUCUGUGUAAUAUUGAAAAUGUAUUAUGAUAAAAGAUUUAUUUUGGUAAAA